AUGAUUGAAAACAGUCAUUUAACAUUUAAAGAAGAUACAUUGUAUAAUGCUUUAAACGCAGCAUUUGCUUAUAUAUUAGGUCAUGAACAAGUACAAAAUAGUGGUAUUGCAAUAUACUUAGAUAAAGUUAUGUUAAAGAAACCAUUGACAUUCACAGAAGAUGGACCAAAAGCAACUGGUAUUGUUGGUGAUGGAACAUUAUUGACGAAAGAAUACUUAACAAGUCAUGCUGGAGAAUUUUUCUCCACUAAUGAUAGUAUCAGUACAACACCAAAAGUUAUUUUAUUGAAGAAACCAAUCACAUUUGAUGCUGAAGGAAAGACAAAAGCAACUCGUAUAGCUGGCGAUGGAGUUCUUCUGACUAAGGAAUACUUGAAGAAAAAUAUCAAUGACUUCGUUGAAGUUGUCAAAGAUAAAGAAUCUGGUCUUAGAUUCAAUCCUUUAUCAUUCAUCUUUGACAUAGCAAACGCCGGAGCUACUGCAGCCUCAUGGAUAUCAUUACAAGGUCAAAUUAAUGCAUUAUGGACUUUUAUUGGUGCAAGAGAUGGUAUUCAAACAGUCACUGCAGCUUUAGAGUUAAUACCUGGUGGUAAAGGUGGUUUUGCUCUAGGUUUCAAAAAUCUUGUUACUACUGUAUUGAUAAACGCUAAAUCUGCUGUAGGUUUUACCAUACAUAACGCGAGAAUGUAUUGGCAAUUAGGUACUGCUUGGUUACGUGCAAUACCAAGAGAUGCAGAUGAUAAGAAAGAAGAUCAAGUUGACCUUAAUGUUCCAACUGUUAUUUUUAAACUUCGUGAAUUAUAUCCAUCAUUUGUAGAAUUCAUCAAGAGUGUAAAUGAUUCAAUCAGUAUUAAUAGUAUUACUUUAGAUAAAGAGUUUCAAGGGAUAGAUUACAUCUUUUGUUCGCUUGCUGAAUUAGCGAAGAAAGUUGAGGAGAACAAAAAUAAUGGAGGAAGAACUGCACUUAAGAUUGCAGACAAAGCUGACAAAAGUUAUGUUGACGAAGAGAUACGUAAAGUUGUAUCUAAAGAAUAUACUUUACCACAGUCUGUCAUACUUAAGACAAUCAAAGGUCCAGAGAAAGAUAUGUACCCAGGUGAUGGUACAACAGUUAAAGUUAAUGAAAGAGUUUCAUUCCCAUCUGGUAUUGAUACAAAAGAAGUAUAUAUUAAUGGUGAAAACAUCAAUACAACAUUGAUUCCUUUGAAAAAUAAUGAGUUCACUGAACCUUUGACAGUUAAAUCAAUUCGUUCAAGAGAAGACAAACCUGUUAUAAUCAAUAAAAUAGGAGCUGAUAAUGACCAACCAGUUCAAAUCAAGAAAAUAAGAGCAGACGACAUAAUAUUGAACUAUACCCUUGGUUCAAGUGCACCUUUAGAGAAUCCAAGCACUAGCGUAAAAGACACGCUUAACAGUUUAGAUAACAGUUGCAGGAACAUUGAAGGUCAUGUCAGAAACUUUGAAACACAUGAGCUACCAACAAUGUUAGAUAAGAAAGCUGACAAAACUUAUGUGGAUGCAGAACUAACAACGAAAUUUUGGAAACCAGAUAAAAUGACAUUUACAACAGAAAUUAUAAAUGGUGAACCAGCAACUCCAUUUGAAUUUGUUAGAGGUCUUCAACCAGAUACUUUUGAAUUUUUCUUGGAUAAUUCUAUUGAACUAACAUUACAUUAUAAAAGUGGAACAAAUGCAACAUUUCAUCCGGGAGAUACAUUCCAAAUGGUAUUUAAUGACAUAAGUUCUUUAGAAUAUGUUUAUAGAGCUAUGAGCAUAUAUGAUUUAAUAUAUCCUAUAGGAGCUGUUUAUACGUCUAUGAAUCCAAUAAAUCCAAACACUUUAUUUGGUGGUAGAUGGUAUGAAAGUUAG